GUUUUCCCUCAGCCGUUCUGUGAUACCCACUUGCCCCACCCCCAGCCCCUAGUUCUUACCUUCUUUGUAGGGAUAAGAAAGGCACUAGACAUUCCUCUGCUGUUGGAGUCCAGGAGAGAGGCUCCACCCACCCUGCAGGCCCUUUGCUAGUCCUCUGAAUCCUUAACCCUCUAGAGGCUCUAACAAGAAAACACCCUACUAAAUGUGAUGGGAUAGCCCAAGGCUAGGAAUUUAGGUUUCACUGGAGAAGUUAGGCCCCGCGAAACAAGGUAGUCAGAUGACAGGGUCAGGUAUUGGUCCCCACUCCUAUCUGGCUAAACCAAAAGAUGGGGAGGGAAGAGAUGGAGGUGUGCAGACUGCCCCAUUAGUCUGGUUUGCUGCUCUUCCCCUUCCAUGGUCAGUUUUUUGCUUCUCUCUAGGAAGAAUGUGUGCUUGUGUGGGCAGUUACAUUUAGUUUUGUUCACUUUGAGAGGCUCCCAUCUCUUUUCAACAAAUUAAAUAUUUAUUCAGGCUAAGGUGGAGUGGGAAGGGACACUGCCCUCCACGGCGAGGCCUGGAAUGCGUGAUGGGAUGUGUGUGGAGCUGAAAACCCUUUAUCAUCUAUGCUGACCUCUGGUUUCAUCCGAAAGAGCAGUGACCAGGAGUGGGGACAAGAGGGUAAAGUCCUCAAGCUGGAAUACUGACUGACCCGUGACAGGCAGAGAGGGGAUUUCGCAAGUGCUUCUGUGGAGGGUGGAGGCGGAGCUGUUGAAAGAGUCAGAGCCCAGCCCAGCUCAGCUGUGGGCUGAGGUGUCCGCCUCCUGCGCCAGCUCCACUUGAAAUUCAGAGCCUGGUGCCUCCGCUCACACUGACCCUCCAGCUCCUGCUCUCUCUCCACCUGUCACAGCGCCCAGUCCAUAGGGGAUCAGGCCUUUGUGGUAUCAGCAUCACCUAAGGUUGCAACAAACUGUAAAUGCUGGAACUUGAAAGUCACUGAUUUCCUAUUACAGAUAAGGAAACUGAGUCAGGGGAGGAAAGCAGUUUGUUCCAAGGCCAAGAUGCUCCAGACAUUGUAUGACCACUUCUGGUGGGACCGACUAUGGCUACCUGUGAACUUAACCUGGGCUGAUCUAGAAGACAGAGAUGGACGUGUCUAUGCCAAAGCCUCAGACCUCUACAUCACACUUCCCCUGGCCUUGGUCUUUCUCGUCGUUCGAUACUUCUUUGAGCUUUAUGUGGCUACGCCCCUGGCUGCCCUCCUGAAUGUGAAGGAGAAAACCCGACUACGGGCCCCUCCCAAUGUCACCUUAGAGCAUUUCUACCUGACCAGUGGCACGCAGCCCAAGCAGGUGGAGGUAGAGCUUUUGUCUCGGCAGAGCGGGCUCUCUAGCCGCCAGAUAGAACGCUGGUUCCGCCGCCGCCGCAACCAGGACAGGCCCAGCCUUCUCAAGAAGUUCCGAGAAGCCAGUUGGAGAUUCACAUUUUACCUAAUUGCCUUUGUUGCUGGCAUGGCUGUCACUAUGGAUAAACCCUGGUUCUAUGACUUGAGGAAAGUUUGGGAGGGAUACCCCAUACAGAGCAUCGUCCCUUCUCAGUAUUGGUACUACAUGAUCGAGCUCUCCUUCUACUGGUCCCUGCUCUUCAGCAUUGCCUCCGAUGUCAAGCGUAAGGAUUUUAAGGAACAGAUCAUUCACCAUGUGGCCACCAUCAUUCUCCUCAGCUUCUCCUGGUUUGCCAAUUAUGUCCGAGCAGGGACUCUCAUCUUGGCUCUGCAUGACUCCUCUGAUUACCUUCUGGAGUCUGCCAAGAUGUUUAACUACGCGGGAUGGAAGAACACCUGCAAUAACCUCUUCAUUGUCUUCGCCAUCGUUUUCAUCAUGACGCGACUGGUUAUCAUGCCCUUCUGGAUCCUACACUGCACACUGGUAUACCCCCUGGAGCUCUACCCUGCCUUCUUUGGCUAUUACUUCUUCAAUGCCAUGAUGGCAGUGCUACAGAUGCUGCAUAUCUUCUGGGCCUACUUCAUUCUGCGCAUGGUCCACAAGUUCAUAACUGGAAAGUUGGUAGAAGAUGAACGCAGUGACCGAGAAGAAACAGAGAGCUCAGAGGGGGAGGAGGCUGCAGCUGGGGCAGGAGCAAAGAGUCGGCUCCUAGCUAAUGGCCACCCCGUCCUCAAUAACAAUCAUCCUAAGAAUGACUGAACCAUUGUCCUAGCUGCCUCCCACAUUAAUACAUGAAGCCAAGAAACUAGCCAGCCUUCCCUGUAGGGACACCUGAGCUCUGGGGAGAAAGGGCGUAAGGAGAGGAGUCCACAGACUCUCUUACUCUUUUGUCACCUAACUGUAACCAGCCUAUCUCAGGGAGAGAAGGUUGGUCAUAUCCUUUGCUAGAGAGGGGAACGGUCUUACUUCCCUGUUUUCCAGGCUACCCUUUCUCUUGCUUUGUGAAAACCUUUCUCCACUCUGAGGGUUGGAGUUAAGACUCACAUUCCUUAUUCUGAAGAGUUUGGAGCUAGCUGUUUGCCUUUGACUCCCUGACUUUAAGCCAGGGUUGUGCCUUACUGUCCCAUCUCUGGGCCUCAUUCUGCCAAAGCUGGACCAAGGUUCCACCUUUCUAAGUACCCUAGCUCAAGCCAAAAAUGAAAGCUGAGCUACUUUUAACUUUUUCUCCUUUAUAACAAGUUAACUAAGUGAAGGAGGGUAUACAUGCCCCUCACCCCACCCCAGGGACCAGUUCCAGGAUGUCACUGCCUCCUUUCUCUGGCCUUUCUUUCCCCUCCCUCCAGCUAAGACAAGCUGGCGUGGAGUAGAACGGCAACUAGUUCUCUUAUUUAUUGAACAUUUGGAGUUUCAGUUAUAAAGCCAGAACUACAGCUAGGACCUGGCAUUAUGGCGAGGGACCAUUUCAGACCAAAAUGUACUGUUAAUGGUUUUUUUUAAUUAAAGUAUAUUAAAGGUUAAAUAAAACAUGA